UUAAAUCCCAACGGUUAUACUGUUAAAAAGUAAACACAGAAUUUCAAACCAAACACUCUCAACGUACACAAACGGAAAGGCUGAGCCCGAUUACUUCUGUGAACGUCGUCGCAUUGCGCGUUGCUUUCAAGUCGCCUAUAUCCAGUUAUGCGAACAUCAAUGUUUAAAGACUUUAAAGUCGUAUGGAUUUUUGCACUUGUAUCAAUUUACAGGAAUGUCAAUAGUGAAGACAACUUAGCGGUAGAUAUUGGGAAAGAGAAAGCACCUGCACAAGACGCGGAACUUGUGGAAAUAUCGUACAUCUCGAAACCAAGUGUAUCUGCGAUAGACGUUUCGUGUCGUACACACGUUGCAGCUCUCAAUUUUAGGAUCGUAUGCCCGGAUCUUGACGACGCACCUGAACUUGCAAAAUCCGAUGGUUCAGAUGAAGCCAGCGAAUGCGACUGGAAUGGCGGCUAUUGGCGAGGGAGUGGAUGUUCGCACAGGCGCAGGAUUCUUUCGAAACAAAUUGAACAUCUCACAAACUUCACCUGCUUUUGCUGGAUAGAACAAGCAUUAAAGAACGUAAGAAGCCAAGCAUCAGUCAAAAUUAUAAAUGAGGGGGUCGAAAAAUCUACAAAAGCGAUUUUUCGGAGUAUUGACAAAGUAAAAAGCAUCCGACUUGUUUGUUCCAUAACCGGCUAUCCUCCUCCUAAAAUUACUUGGUUUAAGAACAAACAUCCAGUAAUGAAUAGAAGCGCGGAAAGCGUCAUCAACAAUGUGACAUAUCAACAAAAGGGUCGUAGUUUGGUAAUCAGUAGAACUGAUGUGGAUGGUUCUGGGAUGUAUCAAAGUCUAGCCAGGAAUACCGCCGGGGUGGAGUGGGGAAGAAUUUACAAAGUCGAAUUUUAUGAAGCGAAAGUAUUCUCAAUGACAAUGAAUGAAUCUAAGGAUCAUUUUACAGUCAACCACGACAAAGAAACGACUAAAAUGACGAAAUACCCAAACAUAGUCAUUACUUCACAAAGCACACCUAUUGUACCAGAGUUUAUUAGGAAUGGAAAUGGCUCUGCAGGGACAUAUAAUGACAAAGAAGAAGCAGAUGACAAAAGAACAAUUAAAGAAAACAAUAUAAACACAACGAAGAUUGUUUUCAUAGCGAUAGCAAUCGUGUGCCUAAUUAUUAUAAUUGGUUUGGUCAAUAUCAAAUGCAUUCUCCACAGGAAUACGCGUGCAUCAAUGGACAUGGAUCCUCAACAGUCAAGAUUAGAUUUUUUAGUUUGCUGCAAAGUUAAUAAAAAAUCUUCCUGGGCAUCGGUGAACAGUAUUGCUAGUGACAUACAUGAUGUUCCAAAUGAUCGUGAUUCAAUUAACCAUAAGCUUGGCGCCUUGCAUGAUGUGUUUGAAGAACCGAUAGCCUUUCUAGCAGGCAGUUUCAACAUAUAUCAUUCCAAAACCGAGGAUGCUUCGACUUCCUAUGACCCAGAAAUAACCAGAAUCUUCUCUACACCACAUAUUGGUAUUUUUUCAUCUCAAUGUAUGGAUAGAACAUCAUCAAAACAGCGUGACAUGUUGGAGUCUACUGGGUCUUCGGCCUUGUCUCAAUCAUCCCGUAAUCAAUUUACCUUUACCCCUAUUUUCGAUCCUUUUUGUUGUAGCGAGUUAAGUUUUGAUGCGACAAUUGAUGAAAGGUUUCCACACGCGUCAACAACAAUUUAUGGACAGUCAAAAGAGCUUCACACCCCUAACUUAUCUACCAGCUCCCACACAUCAUCUUUAUUGAAUAGACUGAUCACGAUUCCUCCAAACACAGAUCAAAGGUACAUCGCAAAUGCUCUGAUUGACCAUACUGGUGGAGAAGUGGUCUUGCCCCGCACCGGAAUAAGACUGGUUAUUCCAGAAGGUGCUCUAGAUUUUGGAAGAACGGAAGUAAUUAAAAUCGCGUUGGCAAGUUCAGAUUUCAUUCCAAAACAAUACAAAACCAGCAUGCUCACUCCAGUUGUAAUGUGCGGUCCACAUGGAUUGCGUUUUAAAAAGCACGUUCUCCUCAUCUUGCCCCACUGUCUGGUGGUUGAUGAUCAAUCGCAGAGGGAGUUUAAAGUUCUUUGCAGUGACACAGCGCCAGAGGAUGCCCCCGACUGGAAAGAGGUUUUCGACGCAAGUGAAGAAGAACAAGAAGAUGUGUUUUGCAACAUGGGAAAGCAGCACUUCAGUCUAUUUGUUCAACACUUCUCGUGGUACACAAUCGAGGGUAGAGGACGUGCAAAGAACUUCAAACUUGCAGCGUAUCAUACGAGCUUUCAUCAACCAAAUGAAGAUUUCAAAGUGAGAGUCUAUUUCAUUCCAAUUAUAAAAAAUUCCACAGUCAGAGAAGAGGAAGUGGAGAAAGACGAGAAAAAGCUCAAAGGAACUCUCUGUGACAGCGCGAAAACAAAAAUCUUCUACGAAAACAGCGGUGAUAUCAAAGUCAAAGCGUUUGAAAUCAGUGAAGGAUGGAAGAUACGGGGUGAAAAUACUCAGAUUGGAGGCUAUGAAGAAUUAUGUCAUUGUCACGACGUUGCUUCUCCUAACCUGACUUUUGUUUUUGAACACCUGGACACGAGACCGAAAAAAAUCUUUUGCAAGUUUAGAGCUUCUCAAGAUGCUUGCAAAUUUGAUAAACCUGUUGAUCUUACUUUGUCGGUGCACUUUGAAGCGGAGAUAAAUAGAGCAAAGAUGAACGCACAUGCCGAAGCUGGAUUUUCCACUCUUUCUUCCUCAGGCUACGCUGGAUCCGGGGAAAACGCGACCGUGGCAUUCAUACCCACAAGACUUUAUAAGGACUUGAGAGAGUUGUUAGAUGUAGAAAUUGUCGGGACAGAAAAUUAUAAGUUGUUAGCAGAUCGUCUGGGCUAUCGAACGCCGUUCAUACGAUGGUUGGGGUCACCGAAUGUACAUAGUCCAACAGAUAUGCUUCUCAGACAAUGGGAAAGUGAUCAGGGAAGCAGAAGUCCGAGAGAUGCAUUACGUCAUCUCCAGGAAGUACUCUCAGAAAUGAAAAGAGUGGACGCCGUAGAGAAAAUACAGGAAUAUUUUGAUGAACUUCUUAUCGGAAAGGAAACGACUGUGUGAAGUUCACAAGAGCUGUGGAAACGACGGUUGGGUGCCAAGAAAAGACUAACUUCAAUUAAUAAUAGGUCACUCGACUUUUUAUUUUGUCGUUGACAAAUUUGACAUACAUAACAAUAAGUGUAAAGCUCCAAAGCGUUGACAUACAUUGAAUACAAUAAGUAUAAAGCCCGACGAGAAAAGUUCUUGGAUACGUUUUCUUGACGCAACUCCUUCAUCAUACAAAAAUUGAGCAAGCUUACAACUUUGCCAUUAUUUUUGAAGAAUUAAUUGGUGUGUUUAAUUGUUUUACAUUUCAUCCUAUAAUACUUCUGAUUAUAAAAUGUCCUCAUAAACAUGAACAAACCUUUACUAUAAGACGUUACUAUUACAAUUAGAUUUAUGAUAUACAAUUGAAACAGUGUUUUCCUAAUCUAGCUUUCUAUUGUCUAUUACUAAAGUACUUGGAAAGAAACUCGAUUAGAAUUUAGAAACUUGAACGUACACGUGAUUCCAGAUCAUAAUAAUUACAUUUGUUAUA